AUGUCGACGUCUACACCAACCCACAGCAGUCUUGCAGGCUUCGCGGGUCAUAGCGUUCCAGCCGGCGAGUCUCCCUACGUUCGGCUGUAUACCGAGGCGUUGGGUGACCUCGAUAACCCUUUUGCCAAGUUCUUGAAGAGGCUACAUGGCGUUUCAGGCACCAUCAAGGUCGGCCACGUCUUGGGUGUCGGCAGUUAUUCAAUGACAGCGGAGGUUGAAGCGACAGAGGCCCUACAGAUGCUAGCUCGCGAUGCUGAGCAGCCCCAUUUCAAGGACAGUUGGGCUCGCGCGCUGACAUACCGCUACCGUCCGCUCGAGGAGGCUACGCAGACGAACCGUGCAGACGGUACCAUCCGGGAAGUCAUUCAGCAUGCGGAGCAGUGGGUGAACGUUCUCUAUGAUGCCAUGUGCAACGUAGCGAAUGUCUUCAACAAGCCUACCAGCAUCGAGCUCUCCAUGUUCAAAUCGCCAACACUGGACAACAAAGCUGUCGAGGCUGCUUGCCGGUCGGUCUUGAUUGCCCUGAUCCAUCGUUGUGUCGUCGGGUUCUGUGGACUGAGGAUGGGUUCGGGCGCUUCGGGUGCUUCGCGCGAGGACAAGAAACUGACAUGCAAAGAGCGCCUGUUUGCCAUCGUCAACGCGCUCAAGUACGACAAGAGGAUCUGCAAGGACAUCAUGACCGAGGACACCAAGAUUGCUCUGCUUGUGCAUGCUCCGGUUGCACUCUCUAAGUUGAAGAAGAACCAAGAGAAGGGCAACGACGCGAAGCGGGACCUGCUCGCCGCAGGCACGGCAGUCCGUCGCCAGGCCUACGACUCAUCCACUGCCCUUGCGAACUCGCAGGCUACCAUUCCAAUGGGUCUCAGCCUGGCGCCCGUCCCCACUGAUACUCUCCCAGCUCGUGAGGCCUUGAAGCUACUCUCGCUAGGUUCUAGCCCUGCAAUUCCGUCUCCAAUGCCGCCUGCGAGUGCAAGCUACCUCCCACAGGACUUGAGCGUGUUGUCUUCGUCAGGCUUCGCUGCGCUGAACAAGGAGUACGCCUCGAAGAAGCGCAUCCGUGUCGAUAUGGACGACCGCGAUGUUGAGGAGGCCAAGCGCGUUCGUAUGAAGACGGACAAGGACGACAUCGAUGCCACCGAUGCUGUCUUCGCUAAGACCAAGAAGACCAGUUCGCGCCCGAAGGUCGGUUAG